UAAAGGUCUCAAUUACCAUAUACACUACCAUAUUAAAGGUAUCAAAGGUCAAAGUCUCAAUUUAUUUUAAAAAUUAAUCAUGUCUUCAUUGUACCGUUGUGUGAAAUUAACUCCAGCUGUUCAGAUAAACAGAAAUAUAUUGAAACUUGCAUGUUUCUCCACAGCUGUUGCUCAAGAUGUUGAAUCUAAAGCUCACCAGCAUUUCCGAACAAGUGAAAAUAAUCCAAGCAAUCAUACCCAAAAUCAUGUUGGUAAAUUCUACCUGAUUCCUCCUGCAGUGAGAAAGAAAGUAUUUUACAUUGGUGGAAUACCCAAAUCUAUGGAUAUCCAAAUGCAAACAUUUAGAGAGUGUGCAAUCAUGGUACGUGAGCCAGCCGUUGAAAUUAUAUCCAUCUUAAGCAAGAUAGACUUCUCUAAUCCUGCUGUUAGAUUUGUUUUACAUGGCGCUAAUGGGACCGGUAAAUCUUCAACAUUAAUUCAUGUUCUGCAUUAUUUAUAUGACUCGAAAUUUCUGUUGGUACAUCUACCUUGGGCUUCCAGAUGGACAAAACAUGUCAAAGAAGUUGUAGAUUCUCAAUAUAAAGAAAGGAGAAUUGACCUACCUGUUGACUCAGCUUUAUGGUUACAGCAUUUCAAAUCUCAAAAUUCUUCACUUCUCGAAGAACUUGAUUUACGAGUUUCAAAAUCCUACACUUGGAGUAAAAGAGAAGUUACUGAAGCAGGAGCUCCUCUUACAGAUGUUAUUGAACAUGGUAUUGAAAGAGUAAGACACGCUUCUGAUUGUGUAGCAGUACUUCUUAAAGAAAUUAAACUUCUUUCGCAGUCUGGCAGGUUCAAAACAGCAGUUGUGGUUGAUGGUGUAAAUGCUUUCUUUUCAAAAACCAAUAAAUUUCAGUUUAAAAAAGCCGAUAAAUCUGUGGCUUUGGCAGAUGAUAUUACAAUUGUUCGUGCCAUGAAGAAACUUUUAAAUAAUGAUUGGAAUAAUGCUGUAGUUAUUACAAGUGCUGAUAUGAUACCACAUGACCGUUAUGCUAAGCUGUAUGUUCAAUGUACGCCACAUUACCUUUUAGGGAAAGAAGGAUUUGAACUUUUAGAUCCCUUCAUUCCCAUUAACACAAGCAUAUUUACUGAUAAAGAACUGAUGAGCACUAUAGAUUACUACUGUGAUAGACUUUGGAUACAAUCUGAACAUGCUAGAUCCGAUGAAGGCAGGCAACAACUAAAAUUUUUGAGUGGUAACAAUCCUAUGAUGUUGAAAAAGUUAUGUGAUCCUUUAUAAAUAUGUAUUAACUGCACAUUAAAAUAAUGUAAAUAAAUCAUAUGUAGUACAAU